UAUAAUUGUGCCAUUUAACUUACUUAGGUAACUAACUGUGAGUUAAACGGUUGAAACCUGGCAUAGCUAAUAGCUUGUACUUUAGCCUUGGGGAGGUGUGGCUCGAGAAAAUUCCAAUAUGCAUCCAGGAAAGCUGAUAGUGGGCAAGGCAAGCAAGACAAGGUCUAUGAUUAUCGUGGGGACGGGUGGAAUUCUGGCGUUUGGUGCAAUUGGAAUCUGGAGUGGAAACGAAAAGUUUUAUCGCCAGUUUUUGAGUCCAUUUUUUGCUAGCAUGGAUCCAGAAGUUUCCCAUCGUGCCGCUGUUUUUGUGGCUAAGCACCAUUUACUAAAGAAUAGAAAAUACAGUGAUCCACAAAUUCUGAAAACACGAAUUGGAUCUCUAAAUCUUCCAAAUCCUGUUGGAAUGGCAGCUGGUUUCGAUAAGAGUGCGGAAUGUAUGAGUGGUUUAGCUCGGAUGGGGUUUGGUUGGAUUGAAAUCGGCAGCGUAACUCCACUCCCACAAGAUGGAAAUCCAAAACCAAGAGUGUUUAGACUCCAAGAGGAUAGUGCUAUAAUUAAUCGGUAUGGCUUCAACAAUGAAGGUCAUCGGCAAGUUCAUGAGAGAGUAUUAGAAUUCAAGACAAAAUACCCAAGCGUCAUUGUAGGAGUUAAUCUUGGUGCAAAUAAAACAUCGACUGACCGAAUACAGGACUAUUGCGAGGGGGUGAAAGUUUUUAGUGAUGUGGCUGAUUAUUUAGUUAUUAACAUUUCAUCUCCAAACACGCCCAAUCUUCGUGAGCUGCAACAGGGUGAUAAUCUUUCUGAUCUUCUUCAACGUGUUAUUAAAGUUAGAAAUAGUCAGAGUCGUUUAGUUCCAUUGUUUCUGAAAGUGGCUCCGGAUCUAAGUGAAGGUGAUAUGAAAUCAAUUUGCAAUUGUGUAUCACGGAAAGAAACUAGGGUGGACGGACUCAUUGUUUCUAACACCACUACUAGCCGAGAGAUAUUAAAAACUGAAUCUAACGUAAAAUUGGAACCUGGUGGAUUAAGUGGAGCGCCGCUAGAAAAUAUAUCUACCGAAUUGGUCGCCAAAUUUUACAAGGAGUUACAAGGAGAUAUUCCAAUAAUUGGUGUUGGCGGAGUUUGCGAUGGAGCUGGCGCAUUCAGAAAAAUUACGGCUGGAGCGUCUGCCAUUCAAUUAUAUACUGCAUUGGCAUUCAGUGGACCAGGCAUUGUUGACAGAAUUAAAACAGAGCUAUCGACGGUAUUAAGAUCAAAUGGAUUUGAUUCAAUCGAAGAUGCCGUUGGUAGUUCGCCUAGAAAGGAGGCCGAUAAAAAAUAAUAGUAAUAAUAAUUAGUUGUAACGUGAAAAACUACAACAAUGCACUGUCAUUUUGGGAAACUUAUUUGACUCAAGCUUUUGCCCUCCAUCAACAGAAUAAAUAGAAUGAUUAUUUUCACAAA